AUGUCGCUCAGUGCUGGAGUAUAUCGUAUCAAAAACGUCGAUAGCGGCACCUACUUGGUUUUGCCCUCAUCGGCGAAAGAUACGGUCAUUGUCUGUGCUGCCGCACCGGCAACUGAUAAAAAGUCGCUGUGGCGCCUUGUGCCUUCCGGUGGAAAAUUUAAACUGAAAAAUCUGGAAUUCAACCAAGAAUGCACGAUACAAGGAACCACAUACGCUGUUGCUGCGGCUAGUGGCUACGAAUGGAACUUCCUCAGUGCUGGGGGCGGUGCGCAUUAUAUCGACUCCGGCAUCAAUGGCGUCGUUAUACAAAAGCAAAAGUCUUCCAACAAAGCUGAAUUGGGUGCUGUUACCGGUGCAAAUCAUCAGAAAUGGGUCUUUGAGACGGCCAAAGAUCCCGAAUCCGGCUCUGGAGGCGGCGGCGGCGGAGGAGGAGGAGGAGGAGGAGGAGGAGGAGGAGAGGAGGAGGAGGAGGAGGAGAGGUGGAACCUUACGACCCGCAAGAAGGCGCCUUCCAUAUCCCAGAAGGCACAUACGUUAUCAGGAAUGUCAAGAAUCUUUGGUUACGGGGCGAAUGGAGGUGCCAAUCAAAAGUGGGAAGUUAAGCGAAGUGGCGUAGCUCCUGCUGUGACCCUUCGUUGCGUGGCCACUGAUAAAUACGCGGCUUUCUCUGCUCUCAAAUCUGGCACCGAACUCCGAUCGUCUUCCACAACUCAAGAAUACUUCAUCCUUCCUGCAGACAAGGGAUACUACAUCAGCGCCGUCAAGAAACCCGGUUAUGUAUAUGACUUGACCGAUGGAUCAUCCAAAGAUGAGACCCCGAUCAAACUUGUGAUCAACUACGGUCUAGAUCAUCAGAAGUGGCUUUUCGAACGUGUAUAA